CCAAAAUCUUCUUGACAAAAACAUAGCGUUGUAUUUUGUUCUUUCGCUAAAAUUUGUUAAGAUUGUUUACUAAAUUCUCAAAAAACUCUUAUUACUGUAUUAAGUCAAAGCUACCACGACUUAAGUAGACUGCUUACCUAUAUAUGAGUAAUUUACCAACGAAAAACGAAGCUUUUAGUCGCCAACACUAGUCCAUUUGUUUUUGGUUCAAUUCUUUCUCUAUGGUUGGAAUUGGAGUAUGUGGUGUGUCAAUGUCAAUCAAAAUCAAAUUUUUGUACCAGUUUGUACAAAAUAUAGAAUCAAUUCGAUUAUGUGCCUUUUGUAACAUUAUUUAUUACUUUUUUAUAUAUAAAAAUGAGCAAUGGUGAGGUUAUUGACUUGGAUGAUUCACAGUCUGAUGAAGUCAUAUUAUUGGAUGAUGAUGAAGAAGAGCAAAAGUUAUUUAAAGAAAAUGAACUAUUAUCUGUGUUAUAUCAAACAUGUCUAAAUAAAGCAGAUACAAAUGAAAUGAUGAGUCUAUUUAAAAGACUGAUAAUCCCUGCAUACAAAAACAUGGACGAAAGUUAUAGUAAAUCAAUAAAAUUUAAUAAAGUUUUAAGAAACACUAUUCAACUAUUUAAAAAUGAUCCAAUACAUAGGUAUUCUCACAUAAAAGGUUUCUAUGAAAUUUUAAAGUUACAUAAAUUUAGGAAAAAAGUACCUUUUGAAACAUUAGCAACAAAUUUAAAAGGAAAAGAAACAGAAGAGAGCUCAAAGAGAAAAACUGACAAUGUUCAUAAUAACAAUAAAAAGGCUAAAACAAAUAUCAAUUUAGAAAAUUAUGAACCACCUGUAGUUAUUGUAGACGAAGAUGGUGUUUUAAAUGAUGAUGGAGUUAACAUUAAUGAUGCAAAUAAGAUUGAAACAAGAAGUGUUGAUUGUCUACGAACAUCAAAACCAAUGCUAUCUAAUUCUACAAACUUAGUGAUGUCUGAAAAUAUAGAUGUUAUAGAGAAUAAUGAUCCAAAUGUAUUAAAUGUUAAUCAUGAAAAUACUCUUUUAAUACCAAAUAGAGAAGUAUGUUUUAGUUCGGAAGAAGUUGAGGUUCAAAAACUGGAAAGGUUAAUGGCAAAGUGUAGAAAAAAGAUUGUAGAGUUGGAGAAGAGAGAAGUUUUAAAUGAUAAGGUUACAUCUCCAUAUAUCUUAAGUGAAAAAUAUAAAAUUACUUUAGUUGAUCUAUAUAAGAGAUGGUGUGAAUUAAUGGGAACAGAGCAUAUUAAAAGUAAGAAAAUAACAUUGAAAGUACAAGAAGGGCACCUGCCGGGCCCGGUCAGAAGACUUGAAGCAUUUCUAAACAAUAAUAUUGGCAGAGAUGGCUGUCCUAUGUUCCCAGAUUUCAAUGAUGUUGUUGAAUGUGUACUUGUUUCAAAUAGAGAGGAUGGACUUUCAUGGAAUAAAUCAAGGGUUAUGAAUGAAGCCACAGCAUUGUUUACUCAGUGCGGUCGCGCGCUUCAAAAGCGGCGGCAAAAGCAAGAAUGGUACCACCUUAUGUCAUUAGUGGAUCAAGAACAAUGUGUCAAAGAUCCUGCAGAUAAUGACCCGGAACUUGAAGCGCGACUGCAGGAAAAUAAACGGCAGGCGAAUAUAAAGGAAACUAAGAUUUUAAAUAAAUUUUCACUGAUGCAAGACUUUCCAUCUAAAGAUAAAAAUAAUGGAGAAUCAAGUGUAUUAACUGUAAAUAGUAAAUCAAAUUAUUGCAUGGAUGAUGAAAAUGCUACAGAUGUACCAAAGAACAUUGUUAAAGUUGAAGUGAAACAGGAGACUGAAGACAUUGCCAAACAACUUGAAGAACUUGGUGAUAACUACACAGCUGUAGUACAGGAUAUUGAAGAUCCUUUCCUUGUUGUUGAAAUCUCCGAUAGUUCAGAUGAAGAAUAAAGCACAUUUGCCCCAACUUGUCAAGCUCACUUGGUUUCACUUUUCUCAGAGGCAGUGCCAUAUCUCUAUGACAUUUGCAACAGACUUAAAAAAUGGAGAAGAUUCUCAACUAAUUAAAAUUUUUGUUUAGCAUUGCAACUUUUUCAUUUUAGAAUCAUUUAUUUUUUACUUAGUAUUUCAAACAUCUGAUGGCUUUUCCUAUGUCUUUAAUGUGAACACUUAUGAAAUUAUUUUUAUUAUCAAAUAUAAAUGUAAUAUAUUGGGAUUUAUUAGUUUAUGUAUAUU